CGUGGCACAGUGCGGACGUGUUUUUUCAGCUCGGGCGGAAACCUGCACGAAAGCUGCUAGUCAAGAAAUUUGCAAGAAAAAUCGUUUUGCAGCAACAAAAAAAAAAACAAAAAAACUCAAACAAAACUAAAUAAAUUACAAAAAAAAAAAACAAAUACAACUAAGCCAAUUAAAUACAAAUAACAAAUUAAGAAUUACCUUUUGUCUAAUUGUGCGUAUGUAAGCCAAACCCUCUGACCCGUACCCUUAACAAAGUGCAUUUAACGUUAACGUAGUUGAGCAGAGUAAAUCUAUUAGCGAAAUUUAUGUGUAGCCAAAUAUUAAUGUUUAUUACUAAAGUCAAUAUUUAUUGUUGUUUAAUGCUAACUGUAAGAGCAAAGUGAAUGGCCGAAAGAAACCAAAAUCGAUAAAUUUUUAAAAUAAAUGAAAGCCAACACCUCCAAUAGGCCAACACCUGUGACAUCAACAAUCAAAUACCCUAACCGUAAUUGGUAAAUGAGCUUUUGCAGCCAAUUGAAAAAGCAAACACUGCCAGAGCACGGCCAAAGCAUUCAGCUCGAUAGCUAUCAAGUUAAACCACCGUUUCGAAUCUAAACAAAAAUACCAAAGGAACAGCAUUUAAAGAGCCAAGAGCAGCAGCCCUAGUAACUAACUGGGUCAGUAAGCAGCAGCAGCAGCAGCAGCAGCAACAGCAGCAGCAGUUGCUGUUGCCAACUUUUUCGCCCUUAAAGCUGGACCAGAACCUCCUGGCAAAUACGGCCCUGGAACAUGAACUCCUCGAGUGGUGACGAUGAGGCGCCCAAGGAUCCGCGCACUGGUGGCGAGGACUUUACUCAACAAUUUACAGAAAACGAUUUCGAAGGACACCGCGCACACACCGUCUACGUGGGCGUGCACGUGCCCGGCGGCCGACGGCACUCGCAGCGCCGUCGCAAGCAUCACCAUGGCGGCAGCACUGGCGCAACGUCCGCUGGCAGCGUUGGCCGCGACAGCAUUAGCGACAAGCAACUGGAAGUGGAGCGUCCAGUGACGCCGCCCGCGCAACGCGUACAAUUUAUAUUGGGUGAGGAUGUGGACGAUGGCUCCCAUGUGUCGCAUCCUCUGUUCUCGGAGAUGGGCACGCUGGUGAAGGAAGGCGAUGAGAUUGAAUGGAAGGAAACGGCACGCUGGAUCAAAUUCGAGGAGGAUGUCGAAGAGGGUGGCAAUCGCUGGUCCAAGCCCCAUGUGGCAACACUCUCGCUGCACGCCCUAUUCGAGCUGCGUGGCCUGCUGACCAACGGCAGCGUCAUGCUGGACAUGGAGGCCACCAACCUGGAGCUAGUGGCCGAUCUGGUCUGCGAUCAGAUGGUCAGCGGAGGCACACUGCCCGCCAACGUCAAGGACAAGGUCAAGGAUGCCCUGUUGCGCCGGCAUCGUCAUCAGCACGAGUAUGCCAAGAAAACCCGUUUGCCGAUCAUACGCUCCCUGGCGGACAUGCGCAAUCAGUCGUCGUCAAAAACCGACAUGGGCGCUAUUGGCGUUACCACCUGGUUUCAUGCGGGCGCCUCGCCCUCGCAUGUCCCAUCUAGCCAACAAGGACAAGCAACACAGCAGCCAACGACGAGCCACUUGCCAAAGAACAAAUCAAAUUCCAAAAAUCUGCGGCCCAAACAAAAUCUGCCCAUGAUCACAGAGGACAUGGUCAAGAGCCCCAGCAGCCACUCGAUGGCCAGGCAGACCAGCGGCACGGAGCUGGCCGAGCAGCAACACAAGGGCAACACGCACUUCAUGCGCAAAAUACCGCCAGGCGCGGAGGCGAGCAACAUUCUGGUGGGCGAGGUGGAUUUCCUGGAGCGCACACUCUCCUGUUUCAUCCGCCUGAGCCAGGCGGCCGUCAUGGGUGAUCUCACCGAGGUGCCAGUGCCCACCAGAUUCAUUUUCAUACUGCUAGGUCCGCCGGGUAGCCAGAGUAAUUUCCAUGAGAUAGGACGGGCCAUGGCCACGCUGAUGUCAGACGAGAUCUUCCAUGAGGUGGCUUAUAGGGCACGCAAACGCGAUCACUUGCUGGCCGGCGUGGAUGAGUUUUUGGAUGCGGUUACAGUAUUACCACCAGGCGAAUGGGAUCCAACCAUACGCAUUGAGCCACCAGCAGCAAUACCAUCCCAGGAGAUACGCAAGCGACCGCCCGAGCUGCCCAAGGAGGAGAUCGACGAGGAGGAGGAGGAGCAGCGUUUGCGCGAAGAGUCCGGCCUGUCACGCACCGGGCGUCUAUUUGGCGGAUUGAUCAAUGAUUUUAAGCGCAAGUCGCCCUGGUACUGGAGCGAUUAUCGCGAUGCGCUCUCCAUGCAGUGCGUGGCUUCGUGGAUCUUCUUGUAUUUUGCAUGUCUCUCGCCGAUCAUCACAUUUGGCGGCCUGCUGUCGGAGGCCACGGGCAAGAAUAUGGCUGCCAUGGAGUCGCUGGUAUCGGGAUUUGUUUGCGGCAUGGGUUAUGGCUUCUUUUCCGGUCAGCCGUUGACAAUUUUGGGUUCCACCGGUCCAGUACUGGUCUUUGAGUCCAUUGUCUAUGAGUUCUCGAUGGCUCAGGGCUGGGACUAUAUGACAUUCCGGUUCUGGAUCGGCAUGUGGGUCGCCGCCAUUUGUAUCGUGCUGACCGCGAUCGAUGCCAGCGCGCUCGUCUGUUACAUAACGCGCUUCACCGAGGAGAACUUUGCCACCCUAAUCGCUGUUAUCUUCGUCUACAAGGCCAUCGAGAAUGUGGUCAUUAUUGGUAAGACCUUCCCGGUAAAUCAGGGCAUUUACGAUUGCAUCUGUACGCCGCCACUGCAGAGUAAUGCCAGCGUGAUGGAGUUUGCCAAGUAUAAAUGGGAUUCAUGUGAGCUCUACAACGGCACACUCACUGGCACCGACUGCGGUACUCCACCCACCGAAAACGUCUUCCUCAUGUCCGUGGUUCUGUGCAGUGGCACCUUUAUCUUCUCGACCAUGCUCAAGGAAUUCAAGAAUGCCCUGUUCUUCCCCUCAAUCGUUCGACAAUAUAUUAGCGAUUUCUCGGUUCUGAUUGCCAUCUUCGCGAUGACCUUCUUUGACUACUCGCUGGGCGUGCCCACGCAGAAGCUGGAGGUGCCGCAUGAACUGAAGCCGACGCUGAACACACGCGGCUGGCUAAUACCGCCAUUCACCGAGAAGAAUCCCUGGUGGUCACCGAUCAUCGCCGUGUUCCCAGCCAUGCUCGGCACCAUACUCAUAUUUAUGGAUCAGCAAAUCACGGCUGUGAUCGUCAAUCGCAAGGAGAACAAGUUGAAGAAGGGCUGUGGCUACCAUUUGGAUCUGUUUGUGCUCUCCGGCCUGAUUGCCAUCUGCAGCAUGAUGGGCCUGCCAUGGUUCGUGGCGGCCACUGUGCUGAGCAUUAAUCAUGUCAAUUCACUGAAACUGGAAUCGGAGUGCAGUGCCCCUGGUGAGAAGCCGCAGUUCUUGGGUGUGCGCGAGCAGCGUGUGACUCACAUCAUGAUCUUCCUGACAAUUGGCGGUUCGGUGCUGUUGACACCGCUGCUCGGACACAUUCCCAUGCCGGUGCUGUUUGGCGUCUUUCUCUACAUGGGCGUGGCCUCGCUCAAGGGUCUGCAGUUCUUCGAUCGCAUUCUCAUUAUGUUCAUGCCAGCCAAAUAUCAGCCGGACUACAUGUUCCUGCGUCAGGUACCCAUCAAGCGCGUACAUUUGUUUACAAUCAUACAGUUGGCCUGUCUGAUUAUCUUGUGGCUCAUUAAGAGCUUCUCCCAGACCUCGAUCCUCUUCCCACUGAUGUUGGUGGUGAUGAUUGGCAUACGCAAGUCCUUAGAUUUUGUGUUCACUCGACGCGAGCUCAAAAUACUGGACGAUAUUAUGCCGGAGAUGACGAAACGCGCUGCGGCGGACGAUCUGCAUCAACUGGACGCUGAGGACAAUCAUCAUCAGAAUCAACAGCCGCCCGCCGGCACUGGGAGUGCUGCCUAUAAUUCGAAGAGCGCCGGCGCUGGCUCGGCGGCCACAACCAUACACAUACCGUUAACGGGCAACAAAAUGGGCAGCACUGCUGCGGGCUCUGCACCAACGGACGUGAAUCGUACGACAGUCUGGCAGCAGAUCAACAAGGACGGCACCUCCGAGCAGCUGAUCAUACCCGUUACCGUUAAAGUGCGUCAUAUCAAUGGCAACCAUUCCUCAACCAAUGCUGCCCUUUCGCCACGCCUAUCGCCCAUGCACGAGGCCGAUGAGUACAAUGAGAGCACCACAAACAAGAUGACAACUCAAAUGCUGCCGACAAGCCAACAGCAGCCGAGCAACUGCAAGGAGGCGGCUGCCAAGCUCGAAGGUGCCGUUGUUGCCGCCCAGAGCCCAGCGAACAUAACACCCGUCUAAGUGGCCCCAUCGGGCAUUACCCAAUUAUAUACCAAACUACCUAAGCGAACCGAUGUUUCGUUGAGAACUCACAAUGCGUAGAACAAAUGCACAAAGUUUCGUUAGAUCGCCUCAGAGCGAACCUAGCGAGCGCGUGAAUGUCGAAUAUAUCAUAAAAAUAACAUAUAUAUAUAUACAAAUUAUUCGUAGUGAAUUUUUGAGAAAGUUGGGUAAACAUUUGUAAGUGUGCCAGUAGAAUUUACUAUCUGCCUAAAGAAAAAAUAUUCACAGCAUAGAUGUUGAGCUGAGCUAAACUAGUUUUAGAAGUAUUAUCGGGCUCAAAGGCUAUAGGAAUAGCCAAAUGUAUAACACUUUUUUAAAGCAAUUUUAUAACAGAUUUCAUACCGAACCAGUGUCAAUUCAAAGUAACACGAACUCUCCUUAUACAAUUAUCGACUCUAUAUAAAUGGUUCCUUUUAUGUUUGAUCUUAAUUUGACACAAACACACACAAAGAAUUUGUCGGGCUCGUUUCAAGUCGAUCGAUAAUACUUGGGUUAGAUAAGCUGUGAUCAUAUUGUAGGGUGCGGAUUUAUUGGUGUACGUAAUUAAACUAACGCAUGAGAAAUUAGUGAAAAGCCGUCUUGGAAACACUUAGCCAAAACACAAUUGAAAUGAAUACCAAACAAAUAGCUGUAUACAAAUGUAUUAUAAUUUACGCAGUAUGCUAAGUUCUGAAACACACGUCUAUUCAUUAAAUACAUAAAUAUAUAUGCAUA